UUUAAUGUUAAGGGUCACUCUGACGGGCACAAAAUAAAAUGUGCCCAUCAAAGUGCCCUUAACAUAAAAUGUGCCCAUCAGCAUGCCGCUUAUUUUAUGUUAAAGGGAACUUUGAUGGGCACAUUUUAUGUUAAGGGGAAUUCUGAUGAGUACAUUUUAUGUUAAGGUGCACUCUGAUGGGCACAAUUUAUGUUAAGGGAACACAUAUGGGCACACACUGUGGAAAGGGGCACUCUGAUGGUCACAUGUGUUGGAAAGGGGCACUCUGAUGGGGAAAUCUGAUGUAAGGUGGCAAUGUGAUGGGGAUACCUGAUGUAAAGGAGCACUCUGA